AUGGAAGGCAGGCGGGGUGCGCUGGAACUCUCUGAAGAGAUAGAACUUUGCGGAAAGCUGCGCAACGACAUUGGAAAAGCAUUGAAAACGGAUGCACACAAUGCAGCGAAAGCCCAAUCGGAAUCCGAAGAGAGCAAAGCGCUCGAGACUUUGAUUGAAAAUGAAGCAUUGAACCUUGAAGAAAGCAUUGCAGCAGCAGAGACUUCUUUCCUGACCUCUGUCGAGGCAUUGCUGCGCAGCAUAAUGAAUGGAGAGGAGCAGACGCGGGGGCUUCUGGCGGAGCUGCAAGCACUGAGAAGCGCGCUGGACGUUUUGGGCAGGACAAAGGGAGAGCUCGUUCCGGUCUUAGAAAGCUGCCAGGAAGCUUUCGAUUCCGCCAAAAGGGAAUAUGAACAAAGCAAGAAAAAUAAUGCGCAUCACCUUGAGUCGAUCGAGCGCUGCAGGGAAGAAGAAGAACAAAUGAAAACUGAGCGAGAAAGGGCUUUGAGCCUGCUGAAGGAGGAAAUGCAAAAAGCAACAGAAGAAAUGUAUUCCACAAUAGAGAGAAUGAAGGAGUUGCGGAAGCAGUACGUUUCUUCUGCUCACGCGCAUGCAUCUGCUAAAUUCGACUGUCUUCGCCUCUGCCUAUACCUUCUCGAGGAAAUGACACGCAUGGAACGAACUGAAAUGGCCGCUCUGCGAGAAAACGAAGGUACAAUUUUGAGUGAGAGUCUCGAAGUGCUACAAAAAGCUGAAAAGGAGGCGGAUGAGGCCACUGGCGCGGGAGAGGAACUCAAAGGUUUAAUUGAAGCGGUUGAGGCGAUCUUGACGGAGCAGAAGAAAAUUACGCACACUCUCGUUCUAUCGCGCAGCCGCGUUGAUCUUCAGCUUAAAAAUGUAUUUCUCAUGUUUUGCUUGGCGCUCCCCUUCGUGGUUUUUCGGUCUUUCCAUAUCAUAGACCUAAACUGA